AGGUAUAAAAGGCAAAGAAGUAAAUUUUAUAACAUAUAGACUAUUAAAAAUUAAAGACGUCAGUUUCAAGUGCAAGUGAUACUUUUUUUUUAUAAAAAAUGGCAAAGGUACAAAAUUGGAAACAAGAAGCGCCAGCAAACUUCUACGCUUGUUGUACCGCAUCGCUUAAGGAAGGAAAUGAAUCGCCAGAAAUAUUCCGAAGAUGUUGGAGCCGAAGGAUAUCGCCUCUUUACUGGCGAGUGCCGAUUUUCCUAUGGACUGUUAUCAUCAUUUCCUGGUCAACGAUUUACUUUUGGGGACCUCGAGAAAAGUUCCUACUAUACAUGACUCAUUGGGGACUUAUUCUGAUUUUCCUCGAGUCUCUUUUUGGCAUCAUUGUCGUUGUCAACAAAAACCCUGAGAGUCUAUCAGAUUCGGCAAAGGGAAUGCCUUGGAUUGUAAAAACAUAUUGGGUGCUCUAUAACAUCACUGUGCCCGUGGCAUUUCUUAUCACACUCUUCUACUGGGCAGUUUUAAGAGGCCCUGGGAAAAAAAUUAACUAUGCUCCAAAUCCGAUCCUGGAUAUAAUGCUGCACGGCGUGAAUUCAGGACUAAUGUUCGUCGAACUCGUCUUCUCGACGCAUCCAAGUCGGUUACUACAUAUAAUGCAGCCUUUGUAUUUCGCACUGGCCUACCUGCUGUUCAGCGUCGCAUAUUUCAUCGCUGGAGGACUUGACCCGUGGGGUAACGCGUUCAUUUACCCGGUAAUCGAUUGGUCAAAACCUCUUCAAACACUAGUGGUAGUGACUUUGACGGCAUUGUUCCUGGCUCUCAUGCAUAUAAUAACGGUCGUCGUGGCUUCAGCGCGCGACUUCAUCAUCAGGAAGUACUUUAUCGACAAAAAUGGAGAGUACAACGAUGGAUUCGAAGCCUAGAUACGCUGUUAAUACGCUAGACGCCAGUGAUGGUGUAGACUUUAUCCGAUCGAAAUUAAAAGUAGUGAAUAUUAUAAGGACAGUGAUUCAACAAACGAACAAUGUUGAUAGAAAUUAUGUGUUUAAAUGAUCGUAGUUGAUACGGUCAAUAAGGAACAAUAAAAGAUUUAUUGGACGAUAAUUACG